AUGAAGGGGAAAUGCUCUCGCGCAUGGCUUUUCCAGCUUCACCUCCUUGGCCUUGCCACUACAACGGCCGCUGCGUUGAUAACUGGUUCAUCAAGCGAACCGAAGCAGCCGACCGUUACCAUAGGCAGUAGUCUUGGUGUCACAACCUGCCCAUUCCGGACUGCCAACUAUAUUAAUCAUGGUCUACCGCAACAAUGUCUUAGAACCUCGAGAGUGGUAUCUGCCGGCGGCGGCGCUGUUUAUGCUUUGAAUGCGACGGGGAGGUUGGAGGUUUCUGACGACAAUCCGAGGGCAUCGGCGUCACCGAGCGUGGAGGAAGUUGGAUUGGCCACCACGACAUCAAUAGAUCUUGGACAGAAGUUUGAAAGACCUAUUACUUCACCUUCCGAAGAUACUCCACCGCCGACGGAGGAUGCAGAAACGCCCAUUGAUACUGCGAAUUUCUUGUCUUUCGAGGAAUGGAAGGAACAGAAUUUGGCCAAAGCCGGACAGUCUACCGAAAACUUUGGAGAACGACCACCGAAGGAAGCGAGGAGGAGACCGGGUCCUUUGUCGAGCGCCUUGGACGCUCUGGGCGUUGAUGAUGAGAUCGAAUUGAACUUUGAGGGUGAAACCGAGGAGCAAGGAGAGGUUAGGGUCAGAGAUGAGGCCAAACCGAGCGAGACUCUCGAACCUACCAAGCAUGUCAAGUCGAAGGAUGCUGGGAAAACUUGCAAGGAACGGUUCAAUUAUGCUUCUUUUGACUGCGCUGCUACAGUCCAUAAGACGAACCCGGAGAGCAAAGGAGCAUCUUCCAUCCUUGUGGAGAAUAAGGAUAGCUAUAUGCUGAAUAAAUGUGGUGCGAAGAACAAAUUCAUUAUCGUUGAGCUAUGUGACGACAUUCUUGUCGACACUGUAGUUCUUGCCAAUUAUGAGUUCUUCUCGAGUAUGUUCCGGACAUUCAAGGUUAGCGUGAGCGAUAGGUAUCCUGUCAAGAGCGCUGGGUGGAAGGAACUGGGACUAUUCGAAGCCAAAAACUCGAGGGAAAUACAAGCUUUCCUGGUUGAGAAUCCCCUGAUAUGGGCGAGAUACAUUCGAAUUGAAUUCUUGACGCAUUUUGGGAAGGAAUUCUACUGCCCGAUCAGCUUGCUGAGAGUGCACGGUACAACUAUGAUGGAGGAAUUUCGACAUCAAGAGGAGCAGUCGAGGGGGUACACGGACGAAAGCGAAGAGAUGGAGGCCGAGGCUAUCGCAGAACCCAUCCAAGAAGCGACCAAGGAGGAACAGGCGGCCCAUGAAGCUGAAUCAUCGUCUCGGAUCAUCGCCGAAGAGUCCAGCGCACCAACGAGGGAUUAUGCUCCGCCUAUUCAGUCUACCGCGUCAGUGCCGCCUGAUUCUGUAGGUCCUGCGCUCGCGGAACCAACCGAAAAACAGGACCACACCAUCUCAGAAGCUAGUAAUACACCUGCUGUUGGCUCUGAGCAUCAGGAGAAGGAUGUAAAGUCCAGCUCUUCCAUCAGCCAGAGUCCACCUUCGACUCCUACACCCUCCGCGCAGAAAGAACGCCGUGGGCACUCGUCGCCUGAGACGGACCCAACUAUUACCAGCGUUCCAGUUUCUGAAAAGGCACCUCCAAAGGCUGCUUCUAGGUCUUCUCGCCCAAACUCCAAUGAUAGUUAUCAAGCCCCGAAUUCAAAGGAAAACAACAUACCUCGUAACGCUAGUUCUACUGUUUCUGAUCCGUCUCGCCAGCCGUCUGCCGUGUCCUCAACAGCACCUACUCCCACGACCCAAGAAAGUUUCUUUAAAACCAUCCACAAACGGCUUCAACUCCUCGAGGCUAAUGCUACUCUGUCUCUGCAAUAUAUAGAAGAGCAGAGCAAGCUCAUGCGUGAUACGUUCAGCAAGAUGGAGAAGCGACAGUUUAACAAGUCCGCUUCCUAUCUCGACCAACUUAAUACGACUGUCUUUAAAGAGCUUCGUGAAUUCCGUACGCAAUACGAUCAACUUUGGCAGUCUACAGUGAUUGCUUUGGAUACCCAACGAGAAGUCUCCGAAAGAGAGAUUCUAGCAAUCAGCGCUCGACUGACGAUGCUCGCUGACGAAGUCGUUUUCCAAAAACGAAUGACGAUAGCACAGUCUUUCCUUAUGCUCGUUAUCGUUUGUCUGAUUGUUUUUAGCAAAACUCAACAUUUGGAAACUGGAAUCGUACGCACGGUUUUCUCAGGAAGAAGUCAGGACCACCUCGGCCUGGAAUCACCGCCUACAUCACCCUCUCCACCGCGCAAUAGGCCAAAAUCCGGAAGGGCUGCGAGCCACAAGCGACGGCUGAGGGAGUACGUUCACCAACGACGGGAUUCGAGCGAUUUGGAUAUCCCGCCUGUUGCGACUCUGAAGCGGAACCCCAUACCCGCACAGUUUUACAGAGGCGCGAGGAAUGUGUCUGUUGAUAGUAUUUCGGAUGUUAUUCAACUCGAUGAUGAUGGAAGUAUAGUUUCACCACCGUUAUUGCCGCAACUGACACAGAGUUCGCCGGCUACGCCUAGUGGGUUGAGGGCUGUGAAGGAGAGGGGGUGGGGAUCUUCGGCGAGUGACGGGGAGUAUAUGACACCGGAUAUGAGAGAGAGAUGGCGGCCGACAAGUCCGUUGUCGAAGGUUAGUGGAGCGGAGGAAGAAAGCUUAGAUGGCGAAGCUGGGGAGCGAGUCCCAGAUACAGAUAGAGCCACGCCGGUGGGUGAUAGAGAAGCCUCGCAGCCUUAUCUGGAGAGUCAGAAUAAUGACUCGGAUGGGGCUGUUGAAUCCUUUUUUUUGUGA